AUGUUUUCGAAUUCAAAGGGUGGCGCGCUGGCUGACAGCGGCACGGUAAAAAAGCGAGAUGGCAUCCAUUGGAGGAUGCCGACGGCUAUGGGCGUGUGCUGGAUUAUUGGAUUGGGACUGGCGCUUGGUCAUCAUUUUUACUACUUCUCGUUGAACGGUACCAUUGUCCCCGGGCAGACGCAGCAGGAAUGGUCCCUGAGAGUAGGGACUGGGCUCGCCUUUUUGACGAAGACGUUCUUGACUACGGGCGUUGGUAUUGCCUGCGUGCAGAAUCUCUGGUGGAUUCUGCGUUCGAGGCCAGUUAGGCUGUCGACGUUGGAUUCGAUGUGGGAUAUCCGGGGCAACAUCUUCAACUUCUUCGAUCCUCAUAUAUGGCUUCGAGGUCCCAACGUGGCUGUACUAGGGCUUAUCUCGUGGUGCAUUCCUCUAGUUACUGUCGUUACUCCAUCGACGCUAUCAGUUCGGUCCACGAUAGGCACCAUGCUGCAAGAACAGCAAAUGCCAGCCAUCGACUUCGACUUCGACAAGUUCUACACCAUGGACGACGGUGGGCCAACAGGCCCGACACCCAGCGUAUCUCGCUUUAUAACCGGAGCUGUCAUCCAGGGGACGAUCCCUAGCAUCCCAGCUCCAGCACCAAACUCAUCGUAUUCGCUUUCUUUCUACAGCCCAUUGAUACAGUGCAGCAACUCCAGCGCCAAUGUCAGCCAGCAAGUAUACGACUGGUCACGAGCCAACAAUUUCUACUCGACAUCAUUUCUAGGCUUCACGCCCGAAACCGAUAACAUCUCCUACGCCAUGCAUAGGCGAGUCUAUACGUCCUAUCCAGGCCCCGAUAAUGGGGACAGGAACGCCGACGUUGCGGGCAAACUGAUCAUGACAGUCUCGCCCUUUAUGCCCCUGGACAAACGAUGGGUCGUUGAAUGCGGGAUAUACAACGCCUCUUACGCCGUGAACUUCAACUUCACAAACGGCGUUCAAUCGACCGAGAUCACGGACCUUAAAGUCCUCGGCCGCGUCCGCGAUCACACCCAGCACGAGUUACCGAAGCCCGCAAAUGAAGACCAGCUCUUCGCGUACACGGCCAUGCUCAAGGCCUUCAGAGACGUCCUGGAGGGACGAUGCGUCCAGAGCGGCUCAACCUGCACCGACACCCAGAUCUACUCCACGGCACUUGUCAACUCUAAGCAGAUCUGGCAGCUGGUGUAUAACGAUAACAAGAGAGUCGGAAACACAACAUAUGACUCGCUAGGCUCGAUUCUAGACGUUGCGUCUGAGUUAGGGCAGAAUAUCACCCUGAGCUUCUUUGGCAGUCCGUAUUUCCUAAACACCUCCCUCGGCCCAACCGUCAACGUAACAAUCCACCCAAACCAAACCGAAUACGUCUACUCUCAGCGCAACCUCCUACUAGCCUACGGCCUCUCGGUCUUCAUCUCCCUCCUCUGCAUCAUCGCCGGCCUCCUCACAAUGUGGGACAACGGCAUAGCCUUCACCGACUCGCCGACUACCAUCCUGCGCGCAACGCGGAACGCCAAAUUCGACGAGAUCGUGCCGGUUGAUUCGACGGCUGGCGCGGACCCAGCGCCCGAGUCGCUGGCGAGCACGAGGGUCCUUUGGAUUCCUGAGCCGGGAAGUAAUGAUGCUGUCGCUGGACUGAGGCCGCUUCCCAACGAGGCGGAGCCGGAGAAGGGUGUCAGCGGGAAUGGGAAUGGGAAUGGAGAGUCACAGACGAGCUCGCGCUCGCCGAUUACGUUUGUUAAUGGGAUUCCGGGGUGGGAGAGGAAGACGUAUAGACCGACUAUUGAGAGGGUUGAGAGUGAGGCUAGGGAGGCGGAGGCAUCGCCGGGUGGGUUUAUAUAG